GACUCAGGGCGGGUUCUACAAUGAGUGCACCAAGUACAUUCAGGACAACUACGGCGACGUGUUCGCGACGCGGGAGGAGUUCAAGAAGGCCAACCUCUUUCGCGGGAAGAUCGAGCAGGCUGGCAUCUGGGAGAGGGUGUCUGACUGGUGGGGCGACUGCGUCGCGUUCGAGGACUCCUCGAUGAAGUCGCCGCCUUGGCGGCUCAACUUCAUCGGGUUCGAUCGCGCCCUGGUCGCAUCGAUGCGACCGUCGUCCAUGAUCGAGUCGACUGAUCUGUUCAGGUCGAAUACCGUGCUCGGGGUCUUCAACACGAUUUCGGGGUAUUUCUUGAAACCCGAGUAUAAGGGCGCCUUCAACGAUGCGUUGGCAGAGGUUCUCAAGUACGCUGUCCCGACAAAUUUUGAGAGGGACGCCGACGAUCGUGACAACUGGGAGGAGGACAUGUUGACUCACCCUGAUCAAGACGUGACUUGGUUGUUCAAGGUCAACAAGGAUUGCGCUGCGCUUGCGAGGUUGUUCACUCCGAUGAGCACGUCCAAGGUGUUCUCGCAGGCCCUUGACUUGAGCCCGUCGAAGAAGUUGAUUCGGAUGAAGCUCACCAGCCCGUGCAAGGACCAGGACUUCUCGCACCUGCCCCUCAAGCAAAGGAGAGCAGCAGAGAAGGCAGCUGCGAAGAAGAAGGUCGCCGCGGAGGCGGCAGCCCGUGGUGGCGCGAAGGGGGCGAAGACGGGCAACCGCCCGACAUUGUACUUGGACGACGUCGUCAACAUCAUCUUCCACGCGGUCCGUGACGUGAGCGCCGCGGACAGGAAGGCAGAUGCGAUGGGGCAGAUGCUGCGCUAUGGCUGUCGCCUCGGCUUCAAAGACCAGAACUCUGGGCCUCUGGAGUUCGCGUUCACGGUGGGCGACAAGACUGUCAAUGAGAAGUUCACCAAGUGGUCCCAGCUUCGGCCUCGCAUCUACUCGCACCUGAGGGCUGUGCAUGGGCUGGAUGCUUCUGACAUGACUAGCUUUGGCGGAGGCGGCGCGGCGGACGAUGCUGCCGACGCCGCAAGCGUCGCCGCUGCCAACAUCAUGUCGACGAUCGGUAUCGACGCCAAGUCGAGGAGUAGGUCGAAGACAUUGCUCAUCGAGUACAUGAACGACAACCCGUUCACGGAUUCGCCCGACGAGGUGAAGACGACGCACGUGGCGUUCACACGCAUGAACACUGCACUUACGAAGGCAGCGAAGGCCGCGGGGGACAUCAAGGGCAGUGGCGCCGAAGCUGCAGCAAUCCUCGUCGACAGCGUCCUUCGGAUUGUGGACUCCGCGGUGCCCAUGAACCUCUUCAAGCUGACGGGCCUCGCGCUGAAGCUGGUCGAAGCUGCAAGCGCGGACGAAGAGAGGCGUAAGACGGUGGCGGCGGCGGUUAAGCGUGGUUCCACGGAGCCUGAGUGGGUGCUCUACGUCGAGGCGGUCGACCCUGCUGUGGCUUCGUUCGUCCGCGCCAUCUGGCAGGAUGAGAGGGUCUUGUCGGGCGUUCACUACACGCGGAUCGUGUAUACCAACCUCUUGCUUGCGAAGCUGGUCACUGACGUAUCCAAGAACCUCUCCGCCGAGGCACACGGACAUUGCACGCGCGGCAUUGCUUUCACAGAGAGGCUGCUGCAGGCGGGCGGCACUUCGAACGACCUCUUGCGGGGCGUGUUCGACAACGCGGCGGGCUUGAGCGACGCGUGGGCGACGAUCUUCAAGAUUGGCGACCGCUUGCACGAUCGCGUUGCCGUGGAGCCUUCCGAAGCCUCGUGGAGGAUGAAGGAGAACGCGAUCAGGUCGGCGGUUACUGCCAUGAACAAAACCGACGUUGUCGCGGCGGCCAAGAAAGAGAUCGAGGCCGACCAGUUGCCCGAUGGCCUGGCCCAACAGGCGAAGGGCGUGCUUGUGGGCCUCGUGGUGAGCAACAGGCUGGCAGUCCAGAAGGCGAAGAGCGCUGCCGAGGUAGCGCGGUGGAAAUCAUUGGUCGAGCUCGCCAUAACCAAGGGCAUCAACCACAUCAAGAUCGACGAGGCAUCGUCGGCGUCUUCGGGACUGGCUGUGUCCGAUGCCACGACCGCCAACAUAGACGCGGGGCUGGCAUCCGCAGGAGUGACGAUGAUCAACGACAAGAGGUUCUUCAUGUUGUUCAGGGCGAUGGACGGCUCUGCGGCACUCAUGACAAUGUUCAAAGCCGAGAGGGUGGCCGCGGAGCUCAACGUUUGGGCCGAGAAGCGUUGGCUGACGGUGAACGUGUCCCAGCCGAAGAGCGAGGACGAGCGGCCGUCGCAGAUUUUGCCGCCCACGGUGACCGUCUCAGAUCGUGGUCUGGAGUGGAUCGUCUGCGCGGAGGCGCAGGUCGCUGCGGCGAAGGGCCCCGUGCGUCUCCUCCUCGACCUGCUCAGCCGCAACUCCGCGCCCGUUCAGUCGAUGGAGUUGAACUUCGCUGGGCGCAUCGUGCUUACCCCAG